AUGGGAAAUAAGAAUAUAUGUUGUACUUAGGAAGAAUAAUAGCGAUAAUCAUAAACCCUUGGUUCAGAAUGUAUUAAGACAAUUUCAGAAUAUUAGUGAAACUUUUCCUCUCUUUUAGUUGGCAUGCUCGAGUUAAUGAGAUCAUAAAUAGAAAUUAUAAUCACAUGCCUUUAUUAAAUGAAUACAAAGUAUCACCUACUCUUUAAACUAUUCAAUAACAUUUGCAUAUUAGAAAUCAAAUGCUAAGUGAUAUUUUUUAUAGCUUUGUUUAGAAUCACAAAGAAAUGCAAUUUCAUUCUUAAAUGAAGAUUUCAUUUGUUUCUACAUCUAUUAUUAUAUCUGAUAAUAGUUAUCAAUCAUAAUUAGCAUAGAGUUUCAUAAAGGCAACUGAUUUUUAAAUUUUACAAUCUCUAUCCUCAAGUCAUCUUGAUUUAAAAAUGGAAAUCAAUUAAUUUAUAUAUUUCUUUGCUGAUCUUAUUCUAAAAUUUUAUAAAUCAAUUAUUAAAAUUGAUGAAAUAAAGAUGCUUAUUUUGGAUGAGUUAUUUGGUAACUAAAUUUUUUAUGACUUUGUCUAAUUAUAAUAUGACAAAGGAUUGUAUUGUUAGAUAAUUGCUUAUUAAAAAAAUAUUAAGAAGUAGAUUAGAUCUCAAAAUAAAUAAGAAAAAGCAGUUGCAAUUCUAUAAAGUAUUGUUACUAAAAGGUCUCCACGUGAAAAAUUAAUAGUUUUAGAUAAGGCAACUUAACAAUUAACUUCUUAAAGUAAGAUAAUAGAUGCUGAUAAAUUUAAUGAAUUAGUUAAUGAUUUGAUUGUCCAUGCUAAUAUACCUUCAUUUGUAACUGAAAUAAAAAUGAUUCAUCAUUUUGCUGGGGAAAUGUAUAAUGUAUUUUUAGGUUUAUUAGUGAUUCUUUGGGGAGAUAUGGUUAUGUCCUUACUGGUUUUAUGGGAUUAUUAAUGUUAAUAAUAUAAGAUAUUUAUUGA